CACCGCUUGAGUGUCACUUUUGGGAGCUGUUUAAAGGCUAUUGGGUACCCCAAGCAGUUGCAAGGAGUGUCCAAACUAAUGACUUGGUCCUGUAGUGCGUGACAUUCUUCGAGAGCACUUUCAGAGUCCAGCCGGGACAGAUUGGGCGCCCAACUCACGUGAGACUGGUGGAGCACGUGAGCAAGGAAUGGAACAGAAAUCACGAGAACGGGAGAAGUUUUGGCCGAUGUCACUUUACCUGCCCUUCGAAGCCACCACAGCGACGACCCUGCUACAACCUACCUGACCCUACAGCUUCCAUCUCCUCAUCGCCAACCUCCUCUCCGUCUCCCUCGUACCAGCGACAGCCACGAUGAACUUCGAACCACCACCUACCGGCCAGCUGCCUCUACCAGAGUUUUCUCUCCCCUUCCGCCCUCACCGACCUCCCCCGCGCCCUGUGCAAGCUUCCCCGUCGUUCUCCCUCCCAAUUCGUCCCCGCGCGGCCCCUCGCAAUCCAGCCCACAUUGAGGCCGAGCCCAUAUCGACCACUCCGGCACACGCAGCUGUAGCUACGGAAAGUAACUCAAAGGACCCCACACAAUGGCUCCAGUACGGCGGCCUGUGGCAUCAAGUCGGCUCAUUCGCGGUGGCUACUAGCAUUGCCGAUCCUACUCUCCCAGUCACACCGCAGGUAGAAGAGGAUGUCUUGAGAGCAGUGGUCCGUAGCGCGGAGAGGAGGGCUGUGGCACAGGCGUUGAAGCCACAGCCACAGCCACCACAGACUCAGGCGGAGAAGAAGAGAAACCGUUGGAAGGGGAGCAAAUCCUUCGUGCCCCGCCCAAUGGGACAAGAACUGGUGAACUUUACAAGUUCGUUCCCCGCUCUUAUCUUUCCGCUUAGAUGCUGACUGACAGGUAUGGGUUGUGAUCUAAGCCCUCUUGACAGAUGCUGACGGGACG